UACUACAAAACAGCUUUAACAUCAGCUAUGCAGAACUCGGAUAAUACAGAGGAAGAAAAGACUGUGACUAAUGACAACGCAAACCACGCGGACAACACAAACAGUAAUGGCGCUGAGACCACAACAGAAGAGCAGAAUAUGGACUUCAGUACAGAAAUUAUGAGUGUGACAGAGAUGGAACAGUCACCUGAUAGUUCUGCUGACUUGAAUGAUGAGAACACACAGGAGGGUGAUUAUGAAGGUUUACAGCUUGGAGAUUAUGAGUCUUGUUUCCCUCUAGAUUUUGAAAAGUUCUGGAAAGUAGUAGAGGACAAUCCCCAGGAUUUCACAGGAUGGGUAUAUCUGCUACAGUAUGUAGAGCAAGAGAACCAUAUACCAGCUGCCAGGAAAGCGUUUGACAAGUUUUUCACUCAUUAUCCAUAUUGCUAUGGAUACUGGAAAAAGUAUGCAGACCUUGAAAAGCGAAACGACAAYUUCAAGCAAUCUGAUGAGGUUUAUCGCAGAGGGCUUCAGGCAAUUCCUCUGAGUGUUGAUCUUUGGAUACACUAUAUAAACUUCUUAAAAGAGACCUUGGACUGUGAUGAUCCUGAAACUGUCACUGCUCUAAGAGGAACCUAUGAACAUGCAGUCUUAGCAGCUGGGACAGAUUUCCGUUCUGACAGACUGUGGGAAAUGUAUAUAAACUGGGAAAGCGAACAGGGGAACCUAAAAGAAGUGACAUCGAUAUAUGAUCGUAUCCUUGGAAUUCCAACGCAGCUCUACAGUCAUCACUUCCAGAGGUUUAAAGAACAUGUACAGAACAACUUACCCCGAGACCUUCUGACUUCUGAGCAAUUUAUUCAGCUUCGCAAAGAACUGGCGUCUGCAAAUGGCCAUACCGGAGGAAAUGCUGGAGAUGAUCUGCCCUCUGGGACUGAAGAUAUAACUGACCCUGCUAAGCUUGUCACUGAAAUUGAAAACAUGAGGCACAGAAUCAUUGAGAUUCAUCAGGAGAUGUUCAAUCACAAUGAACAUGAAGUCAGCAAAAGGUGGACGUUUGAAGAAGGGAUAAAGAGGCCUUACUUCCACGUAAAACCUCUGGAGAAAGCUCAGCUGAAAAACUGGAAAGAAUACUUAGAAUUUGAGAUAGAAAAUGGAACUCACGAACGAGUUGUGGUCCUCUUUGAAAGAUGUGUAAUUUCAUGUGCCCUCUAUGAGGACUUCUGGAUUAAGUAUGCCAAAUACAUGGAGAAUCAUAGUAUUGAAGGAGUGAGGCAUGUCUACAGCAGGGCUUGCACGAUACAUCUUCCUAAGAAACCAUUGGUUCACAUGCUGUGGGCUGCCUUUGAGGAGCAGCAGGGCAACAUCAAUGAGGCCAGAAGAAUCUUGAAAACGUUUGAAGAGUCUAUCCUAGGACUAGCAAUGGUUCGCUUGCGAAGAGUAAGCUUGGAACGCAGACACGGAAACAUGGAAGAAGCUGAACAUCUCCUCCAAGAUGCUAUUAGGAGUGCCAGAUCAAUCAGUGAAGCGUCAUUUUAUGCCAUCAAAUUAGCUCGACAUCUCUUCAAAGUACAGAAAAACCUCCCAAAAGCAAGAGAAGUGCUCUCAGAAGCCAUAGAACAUGACCCUGAAAAUACGAAACUUUAUCUCAACUUGCUUGAAAUGGAGUACAAUGGAGAUCUCAAGCAAAAUGAAGAAAACAUCUUGAGCUGUUUUGAUAAAGCUGUCCAUGGCGCCUUGUCUAUAAAAAUGAGGAUUACGUUUUCUCAGCGAAAAGUAGAAUUUCUUGAAGAUUUUGGAUCUGAUGUAAACCAGCUUUUGGAUGCUUAUGAUGAACAUCAGGCACUUCUACAGGAGCAGGAUUCUUUGAAAAGGAAAGCAGAGAAUGGAGCGGAGGAGCCAGAUGAGAAAAAGAUGCACCCAGACGACCCGGCCUUGGCAGCGCAGAUGAUGGAUGGAGACAUGCAGGUCAACCAGGCCGCGUACAACUACAACGCCUGGUACCAGUAUAACUACCAGAACGCGUGGAAUUACGGACAGUAUUAUCCUCCUCCUUGAUCAGAGCAGCAAGCGGAGUUCACUGUGCCGUUUCAACAAAGAGGGAGUAAAAAUAUAUAUUUUUCUAAAUUAGGGAUGUGAAAGAACUGUUGUAAUACUGAUUUGGUCUUUUGCAUGUGAAAUGAGCUGAUGUUCACAGGGUGUGUGUGAAGCAAGAUUCAUGUGUUGGUAACUGAUAAAUGGUAUCUCUGUACACUGCUAGUUUACCAUAAAUGCAUUUCUUUAUUUCUCUGCACUAACUUAUGGA